UUAUUCCGGGAAAUUACUUGUGACGUUUUCAGAAAGCAUGAAUUCAAUCCCGAGCUAUCCGUUUGUUGUACUUGUUCUCAGCUUGACAUUACUACAAAAAUGUGUCUCACGUCCACCUACACGUCGACCUCUGUGCAUGGAUGGAAAGUUUUAUGAAGAGAAUGUAUUUACCUAUUUAAGCUGCAGUGAAGUCAUGAAGCACUCAUCCCACUACAAAAACUACGCUAAGUGCUGUGCAAGUGAGUAAUUCGCUUGUUAGUAUUUUCAUGAGGGUCCCUUCUUCCUUUAUCUGUUGUAUGCCUAGUGUAACGCCUGGGUUUGGGAACGAAAUCCUAAAGUGUGGUAAUUCAAACCAAUAUAUAAGUUGAAUUACUUGCGAACGGCACAUUUCCAGCGGACUCUCACGGAGCGUUCCAGUUACUGUCUUAUGCAGUAUAUAAGCCAGAGGGUUAGAAACGCUAGCAAAGCACUUUUUUUUCGAAAUAUCUUGUGAAGUUAUGCGGUUAUGUUUUUGUUACAAAGAAAAUUUGACACCCUCCAUCAGAAUGUGAUUCGAAUGAUCUUCAGUUGUGUACCAAGGGUAACAAUGAUCGGAAGAGAAUCAAUCCACUCUAACAGCUAUAAUUUUAAUUUUUCCUUAAACAGCGACGAAUCCAACAAGUGCCCACUUUUCAAAAACAGCCCAGCUUUCAUCAGGACCCAGCAGUCAUCUCAGUGAGUCCGUUAAGGUCGAGGGACGUUUCUUUCUUCAGAGUGAAGGGUUUUGGAAGGAAGACAUACUCAUUGCCAUGACAUUUUUGCUCAGCUUCUUGUCAGUUUCAGUCUCUGUCUGGACGCUGGUGCUGGUAAGCCGAAGUACAUUCGCUCUAGAGCAUGUGAUCAAGUUCUGCGUGACAACAGAGAAGCUUUUACCCCAACUAUCGCUUGAAAGUAAGUGUACUUCUUAUUACAUUUUGAAGUAAAGCGCGUGUGUGUGUGCGUUUCUGCUGACGUUUUCCAUCCUAACCUGACUGUGACGUGCCGAGUUUCGCUCGAAAACGAGAGCCAAUCAACUCUUUUUAUUUCUUUUUGACAUUUUCUGUUGAAGCUUCAAGUGUUUUGUCUGUUCAUGUUACUACCGUGACCUUGGCAUAUACAAUACUAAGCGUAAGAGUAGCCUCCUACAUAGACGUUCUUAGGGGUUCGUCACUCGUUCCACCCCGUCUGCCUGGGAUCGAUGCUAGCGUAAGCAAAAAGAAGGCGGAGCAACACUGCGGCUACCAUCCUUUUAAUAUACCUCCUAUGCAAGCUUUAUCGCAACUGAUACAGUGUAAUCAGAAUACAAUGUGAUUUUCUUUCUUGUUAUCAAUUUUUCCUCCCUUCAGAGGUCAAAGAAUCACCAGGGAGACAAAGCCAAGUUUGACAGCAAAUUGCGGUGGUUAUUUGGUGGUGAUGAGGAAUUAUGUUUGGGACGCCACAGAAACACCAACUAGCUGAUAUUUUGACCUUUUAAUUGAACCAUUAAUCCCAUGGAGUAAUGAGUCAUUCAUUUAAUCAUUUUCUCAGUGUGUGUUCCCAAAAUUUGACAGCCGGGUAGAAAACGUUCGAAGAUCAAGUCAGUUCAGAAACUUUAGCCAAGAAAGUAAAGGAAGCAAUUUCUCUAUAAAACCUCGGUAGAGUGUUUCUAUUCCAGGGUUCUAUCCUGUUUGCG